AGCAAUCUAUAAUAUUAAGUAUAGGCUUUAGUAUUUACUAUAAUAUCAAAACUUAUCAACUCAAAAUGGGACACUAUGUUAAUUUUGCUGUAUUGUCGGAUAUUCAGACCAGUAAUCAGAUACAACUAUAUGAGGCUUUUUUGAAAAGUGAUCUCAAGCUGUUUACAAACGCCCUAGAAAAAGGUGCAAAUCCUUUAAUGAAAUACCCAGAUGAAGACUUGUGUGUUUUAUAUCAAGCACUACAGACACCUGGUAGCUCAGAAUUUAUAUGGAAUUCUAUGUCUAGAGGUUAUGAACCGAUAAAUGUAACAAAUUUUUGUUAUCAAGCUGUUAAAUAUGUUUGCAAAUCGGAAGAUUUUGACAAUUUUAAAGUAUUUGUUAAUUGUUGCUCUUUAUAUCCGGCAUGGGAAUAUGUUAACUUAUUUCUGCUUAACUCAUUGAUAAAGAAACUUAACAAUGCAAAUGUAAAGAAUAUAAAACAAUUUAUAGAAGUUAUAUUUAAAGCGCGAGUAUCACCCAAUAUACCCGAUCAAGAAGGAAUUACACCAUUACAAAAUGUGGUGAAAAAUAUACAUUUAAAUUAUGAUAAUAAAUGUCAAAUCAUAAAAAUGCUACUUUCAAGCGACAACAUUAAUAUUGAUACCUUUGGUCAGGGGGAAUUAAGAAAAAUAUUGGAAAUGGAUUAUACUGAUAUAAGAUAGCCCCAGCAAAUAACUGUAUUUAAGUCUCUGGAUAAUUGUAUAAAGGCGAGUGCAUUGAAUAUGUUUGAAAAACUGUAUAAAGAGCAUUUUAACUCUAUAACCGGAUGUGAAAACUACAACUUGUUAAUUAGUUCGAUAGAAAGUAAAAACCAUAAAUCAUUUAAUGUAGUUUUUUCUCAUUUCGUACGAUAUGCCACAGAAAGCGAAAUUUCUAGUGCUAUCGAAAAGUCAUAUUGCUGUGAAAAUAAUUAUGUAUAUAUAAGCAAGCUUAUCACGAAACUGGCGUCCAACUACUCCAUUGCUGAUGGCGUCUCUUUUUUACCAAAUUGUAAUAAUAAAAUUUAUUCUACUUUAUAUAUUUAUGAACAACAUUCUUGGUGUUCACGUUUUAUGCUUAAGUUAAAGCCGUCAA